ACCACAACAUUACAUUUCUGACCACUCAAUCCUGCCUCUAUACUUGACACAUCAACCCCCCAUACUUUGUCCAACAUGGCUAGCGCUAACCCUUUCCAAAAGAACGCCAACUUGUUGGCCCCGUACAUGCAGCUGGACCAACGUGGCAAGGUCCAAGCUGAGUACAUCUGGAUCGAUGGAAUUGGCGAGAUCCGCUCCAAGACCACAACGCUCGACUCUAAGGUGAAGUCUCUUCAAGAGCUAAAGGAGUGGAACUUUGACGGAUCCUCCACCGAGCAAGCCCCUGGUGGCAACUCUGAUGUGUACCUGCGCCCCGCUGCGUACUACCCCGACCCUUUCCGCGGAGGCGACAACAUCAUUGUUCUUGCUGAGUGCUGGAACAACGAUGGCACCCCCAACAAGACCAACCACCGCCAUGCUGCCGCCAAGGCGAUGGAGCAGGCCAAGGCUCACAAGCCAUGGUUUGGCAUGGAGCAGGAGUACUCUCUGUUCGAUGUCGAUGGCAAGCCCUACGGCUGGCCCAAGGGUGGUUUCCCUGGGCCCCAAGGACCUUACUACUGCGGUGUUGGUGCUGGGAAGGUCUACGCACGUGACCUGAUCGAGGCCCACUACCGCGCUUGCCUUUACGCCAACAUCAACAUCUCUGGUAUCAACGCUGAGGUGUCACCCUCUCAAUGGGAGUUCCAAGUCGGACCCAGCGAGGGAAUCAACAUGGGCGACGAACUCACUGUCGCUCGUUACAUCCUGGCUCGCGUUGCCGAAGAGUGGGGGGUGAAGGUCUCUUUCCACCCCAAGGCCGUUCCCGGAGAUUGGAACGGAGCUGGAUGCCACACCAACUUCUCCACUGAGGAGAUGCGCAAGGAAGGCGGUAUCAAGGCUAUUGAAGCUGCCAUCGAGAAGCUGGGCAAGCGCCACAAGGAGCACAUUGCAGUGUACGGCGCGGACAACGACUUGCGUCUGACCGGAAAGCACGAGACAGGACACAUCGGAGAGUUCUCCUAUGGCGUUGCCAACCGCGGAGCUUCCAUCCGUAUUCCUCGUCACGUCGCUGCUCAAGGCAAGGGCUACCUCGAGGACCGUCGCCCUGCAAGCUCUGUCGACCCUUACCAGGUCACCGGUAUCAUCGUCGAGACUACUUUGCUUUAAGCGAUUCUGUUUUACUGCGUCGAUGCACGCGCUGCGGAAGAAUGUUUCCUGCAAGAGGCACGCUGAGAUCUCGAAUUUUGCAGCGCGAGGGAUGGGCUGUCAAAAGAGGCUGGUUGUUGCGAGACUGCCGAACUUAGCGAUUGAAUGUAAUGAGCUCAUCGAA